GAAAAGCAACGAAAAUUGCCGAUCCGAUGGGACUGACGCAGCGAAGCGCCAGUUGUAUGUCGGACGUCGUGCCAAUCGUGUUGUCGCAGCUCUUCGGUUCGUUGCAACAGGAUUAGGAGAGUGGAACGAAGAUGCACAGGUGCGGGAACAAGGGCGAUCCGGUCGCGGUGAAUUAGCGUGUGAAUCGCGCGCGCCUUCGUUCCCCUAGAACACGAUUUCGAAAUCGCAACGUAAGCCGCAGACUGGUCGGAUACGCGACGCGUAUAGGCGCGCGCUCUGAAAAGGAGGCGCCGCAGCUAACUGGUUGAUCCGUACUUCUAAACGGCGCAUUUAUCCUGGCAAAACACUACGGAAAGAACGGCUUACGCUCGCGAAACCGGGCAACAUCUCCCGAAACACCUUCUUCGCCCAGUUGCACAAGAUUUGCGCUCGGACCGUUACACCUCCCGCAGCUUCUCCCCACCGAAAAGAUACGUCCAGUUGCUCGAACGAACAUUGACCGACAUGGAGAACCAGCAGGUGUGGGUUCGAGACCCACAAGAGGGUUUCAUAAUCGGCAAGUUCGUGGACAUGGUCGAUGGGGAUGCGCUCAUUAUGCCACUCGAUCUGAAGUAUCCUCAGCGCACCUGUCCCCUGGAUGAGGUUUAUCCUGCUGGGGAGUACACCAAAGACGUGGAAGACAAUUGUGCUCUGAUGUACCUGAACGAGGCCACGCUACUGAACAAUGUACGCACUCGUUACUUCAAGGACAGGAUAUAUACUUACGUCGCCAAUAUCUUGAUCGCGGUGAACCCGUAUUAUGAAGUAAAAGAUCUCUAUUCACCGAGAACUAUCAAGUCCUAUCAGGGAAAGUCACUCGGAGAAACGCCGCCGCAUGUGUUUGCUAUUGCUGACAAAGCGUUCAGAGACAUGAAAGUGUUGAAACAGUCGCAGAGCAUCAUCGUUUCUGGCGAGUCUGGAGCUGGCAAAACUGAAUCCACGAAAUAUCUGCUUCGGUAUCUGUGCGAUUUGUGGGGAUCCACAGCUGGGCCGAUCGAGCAGAAGAUUUUAGAUGCGAACCCUGUGCUGGAAGCGUUUGGCAAUGCCAAGACCAAGAGGAACAACAACAGCUCUCGCUUCGGCAAGUUUAUGGAGGUGCACUUCGACUCGAAAUGUCAGGUUGUCGGCGGCUACAUAUCCCACUAUCUUCUGGAGAAGUCCAGAGUCUGUCUCCAAAGUUCUGAUGAGAGAAAUUAUCAUGUUUUCUACAUGAUGUGUGCUGGUGCGCCGCCCGAGCUUCGGGCGAAACUCGGGAUCACGCAACCGGAUGAUUUUUACUACCUGAAGAAUGGAUGCACACAGUACUUCUGCAAUGAGGAGUCGGAGAAAAAGUUGAACGAUGUCCAGAAAAGUCGCGACCAAGGGAAUAAAGGUAGCUUGCAUGAUCCGAUUCUGGAUGAUGUCGAGGGAUUCAACGCUAUUGAUCAGGAAAGAGCAACGGCGUUAACACGAUUGGGGUUAACCGAGACAGAGAGAAUGGAAAUUUAUACAAUGGUGGCCGCAGUACUUCAUCUGGGGAAUAUCAUGUUCGAGGACAACCCUGAGGACACGAAGGGUGGAUCGAGGAUAUGCGCCAGUUCCGAGAAGGCAGUGAUAAUGACCGCCAAGUUGUUGGGCGUUGAUCCUGAAGAGCUUAGGCAAGCUUUGGUCUCCAAGGUUAUGCAAACCAGCCGCGGUGGCAUCAAAGGAACCGUCAUCAUGGUACCAUUGAAGGUUUACGAAGCCAACAAUGCCAGGGAUGCUCUGGCCAAGGCUAUUUACAGCAAACUGUUCGACCAUAUCGUUGGCCGUAUCAAUAAAAGCAUUCCAUUCAAGGCCUCCAGCUAUUACAUUGGUGUUUUGGAUAUUGCAGGAUUUGAAUAUUUCAAGGUGAACACCUUCGAGCAAUUUUGUAUAAAUUAUUGCAACGAGAAGUUGCAGCAAUUCUUCAACGAGAGGAUCUUAAAGUAUGAGCAAGAUCUUUAUGCGAGAGAGUCCCUCAAUGUGCCCAAGAUAUCUUAUGUGGAUAAUCAAGACUGCAUAGAUUUAAUCGAGUCGAAGAACAUGGGAAUAUUCAGUCUGCUGGACGAAGAAUCAAAAUUGCCUACGCAUAGCUUCGCACAUUUCACCAGCGAGGUUCAUCGCGUAUGGAACGGCCACUUCAGAAUAACCUUACCACGAACGUCACGUUUAAAAGCCCACAGAGAAAUACGCGACGACGAAGGAUUUGUGAUCCGUCAUUAUGCCGGCGGAGUUUGCUACCAAACGAAUCAAUUCAUUGAGAAAAAUAACGAUGCCUUGCACGCUUCUUUGGAAGCCUUGAUUCAGGAGAGCAACAACAAGUUCCUUCGAACACAGUUCUCAAACAACUCCAGUCAAAAGGGAAAGCUCACCUUCAUUAGCGUUGGCAGUAAAUUCAAGACACAAUUGGGAGAGCUUAUGGACAAGCUGAAGAGCAAUGGUACAAAUUUCAUUCGUUGCAUCAAGCCGAACAAUGACAUGGUGUCCCACCACUUUGACGGAAACAGCAUUUUAGGGCAGCUUCGUUGUUCCGGCAUGACUUCCGUUUUGGAGCUGAUGGAACAUGGUUAUCCGAGCAGAGUUCCGUUCCAGGAGCUCUACAACAUGUACAAAUCUUACCUGCCACCAGAGUUGGCUAAACUGGAGCCUAGGUUCUUCUGCGAGGCUCUGCUUCACAGUUUGAAAUUGAACAAGAAGGACUUCAAGUUCGGCAUCACCAGAGUGUUCUUCAAGCCGGGAAAAUUCGCUGAGUUUGACAAGAUCAUGAAGUCGGAUCCAGAGAAUUUGCAGAAGCUGGUAGCCAACGUGAAGAAGUGGUUGCUGAGAUCUCGUUGGAACAAGAUGCAAUUCUGCGCUCUGUCUGUGAUCAAACUGAAGAACAAGAUCAUUUACCGAAGAUACCAUCUGAUUAUUCUGCAGAAAACGGUAAGGAUGUACAUAGCCAAGAAGCAGCAUCGACCUCGCAUAAAAGGGACCCUUAAAAUCAAGAAUUUAAGGACGCAAUUGGUCGGCAUGGAGGAGACGUCGAAGCAACUGAAGAAUCGUGAGAAGUCUAUGAACGAUUUGAAGAGACUUCACGAUGAUUUGGAUGCUGCGAUCAAAAGGAUCAAGGACAACGAGAGGAUGAGACCGGCUGAAAUAGAUUCGCUUUACACGAAUCUGGUCAACCAGGUGAACAAGCAAAUGGCGUCCCUACAGAACAUGGUGAAACAACAGAAGAUCGCUGAAGAACAGGCUAAGUUGAAGAAGAUCCAGCAGGAAUUGGAGUAUGAGAAACAGAAGAAGGAGGAGGAGGAACGGCAAAAGAGAGAGGAGGAGGAUAAUAGAAGGAAGAAGCACGAUAUCGAAACGAGGAGAAAAGCUGAGGAGGAACAGAAGAAGAAACAAGAGAAAGAAGACCAGAAAGCUGCUGCUGUUCUUCAGGCGCAAAUGGAGAAAGAGGAGUUCGAAGAAAACAAAUACCGUGAACUACUUGAACAAGAAAGAAGAGAUCACGAGUUGGCGGUUAGGCUGGCUCAGGAAUCGAAUGGACAAGUCGAUGACUCGCCACUGCCCGUACGAAGCGGUUCCGAUGUACGAGUACCGUCGAUCAACAACAAACUAGCAAGAUCCGAGCAGGUGCGCAACAACCAAGCAGCCAUGGCCAACAAGAAAUACGACUUAUCUAAAUGGAAGUACUCGGAGCUGCGGGAUGCUAUAAACACCUCUUGCGAUAUCGAGUUAUUAGAGGCUUGUCGUCACGAAUUCCAUCGAAGACUGAAGGUGUAUCACGCGUGGAAAGCAAGAAAUCGUAGGCGAACCACUAUGGAUGAGAAUGAAAGAGCUCCGAAGUCCAUUAUGGAGGCUGCUGCCAAGACACCCAGGACUCCAAUCAAACAGUCGAUACCUCAGUCCUCCCAGCGGUAUUUCAGAAUUCCUUUUGUGAGACCAUCAGUCAUCCAGCAAGAAAAUCCCCCUACUAUUAUUAAAAGAGGGUGGUGGUAUGCGCACUUCGAUGGUCAGUACGUGGCCAGACAGAUGGAACUACACCCUGACAAGGCACCGAUUCUAUUAGUAGCAGGUAUCGACGACAUGCAGAUGUGCGAGUUAAGUCUGGAGGAGACAGGACUAACUAGAAAACGUGGGGCAGAGGUGUUGGAGCAUGAGUUCAACCGCGAGUGGGAGAAGAACGGCGGGAAGCCGUAUGUUCCACCCUGUGACCGUAGGAAAUGAGGAUAUUAAUAUACAGUUGCUAAGAUCCUAAAAACUUUUGUAUUCAUCAACGUGGAUCCGCUACGAAGGUAAACCCACAGCACAGUGCCUUAACGAUCGGUGCCUUUCGCGGUAAAGAUCACGUUCAUAAAACAGACAACGGUAUCCCGAUGAUUGUUGUUGCUCGCGGUAUAGUGCAGAAGCAGCUGGAUCUUCGACGGAUCUAUAGAUCGUUGUGAAGUAACACAGUAUUUCGAUUCAUCGUCGAGACCACAGCCAGGCUCCGGCGCGAUAAAUUUUCUUAUUAUUCGAGUGAACAGUAUUGCCAAAUUGGUGCGUAGAAUUUUGUAAUUGUUCAAUGCAGCGUAGAUAAAGAUCUCAUUUCAUUGGAUUUCGUAUGAAUUUGUAAUAUUGAGAACGAUAGAGCGCUGAUAGUGUAACUCUUUACACUUUACAAUGAUAAGUGAUGGUUUCUCGAUUAUGUAGAGAACUUUGUCGAGAAUACUUACUUAGGGGAGAUCGUUUUAUUAUGCUAAAACACACUGCGGAUUUCACGCAUUCGGUGGGACUAUCAUAGCACAGAAUGUUCGAAAUUGUGUUGUACAAAAUUAAAGGAGAUCUUGGAACCUUUAUAGAGUUGCUACUGUUUAAUUAUAGUGUUUUUUGCGAGGCGUCAGAUAUUUACGUGGAAAUUCGCAGUUUAUGCAUCAUUGCACAUUUAAUAUGAAUCGUAGGUACGCUGUGGCGGGCAUCGAUGAUGUCGCGACGAAUAAAGUGUGUGUGUGUGUGUGUGUAUCACUUGUUCGAGUAUGAAUAAAUAAUAAUUAUCACAUCGCUUUCUCAUUAGCGGGAUGCUCUUUAUAGACCCUGGUGAAGUAUUCUUCUGUUAGAGUGUUAGAGUGUUGUUAAUGCCUUUACAAUUACCAUUAUCGUUAAGCCACUUUAAUACUAUGAUUUUCAAACUGGAGUCGCCAAUAAAAUGAAUACAAACUUAUAAUCUAU